AGACGGUAACUAAAUUUAGUUGUUUACAAACAUUCGUGACGAACGGUUGUGAAGCGAAAGAGACGAGAACCGACAGAAUAAGCGCGUCUUUGUGGUAUUCGUAAUCGCAUAUUUUUUGCCGAUGUAAACGUGGGUUCUGUGAGAAAUUUUCGAGUUUUAAAUUAAAAAAUGUACGAGUUUUAAAACGAAUAUUCAACGGUCGACUAUAUUUCAUUAGCUCAUCGUUAAACUAUUUGCUUAGAUUAUACUUACAAAGUGUCGGCAAUUUAAUUGGAAAAAACGCAAAAAGAAGCAAAAAAAAUCGUUCAUAAUCUAAAUAAACAAAGUCGAAGAUUUUGUUUUGAUUACAAAACUAUUAGAAGAAGAUUAGUUCUUUGCCUAUACACAUUGCAUUUGAUGCACUUCUUUAUCGAAUGUGUAAAUAAAUAGUUUCAAGAUCAUCUUAAUUACAUUAGAUGAAAAAUAUCUUCAGAUUUACAGCUGCUCUCUGAUCGUCGUUUUUAAUUAAUUCUAGAGCAUCAACAAACUAGAAAAUUUAAUUAAGGAGAAGCAGUACGAUCUCUUGCUCUCGACACAUUGCAUUUGCAAAAGAUUCGAUCAUCUUUUCAUUUAGUUUAGAGUGUUUGUGUGAAAUACAGAAUAGAACCCGAAAUGCAAAUAAGAUCAAAUUGGGACUAGAAAAUACACACACAUAAAUGUCUAGAUAGACAAUGAUAGAGACGUUGGGAAUAUAGAAUCUUGUGAAUUGAAAAUACUCAGUCGGUUUUGUCGCAAUUUGAAUCGUGCAUAUUUUUUGAAUGACAACCGAUUUUCAGGACAUUCGUUGCAUUAAUCAUAUUUAAAUAUUGUGUAAAAGCAUUCGCACAAGACUAAAUCCAUUUUGUGGCGUAACCGUUUUUCUUUUUAAAAUUUUUCGAUUAAGAAAAAUUUACGAUUGUUCAACGGUGGCUAGACAAAUACACACCGUCAAAAGGAAGCAACAAAAAGUAAAUAGCACAGACAAAGAACGUAUAGAAGUGAUAUGUGUUUCAGUUACGCAUAAGUGAUAACGUGUGGUGUGGAAAAACGGAAUGUGAAUGGUGAAACGAAGAAAAAUAUUUGAAACGAGAAAUUUUCACAGUGUGUCUGAUGUGACAAAAUUUACAGCCAAAGGAAAUUCAAGUUAAUUUGUGACGUCGUCGCACCAGAACAUAAAAAGAGAGCCCAUUGCAAAUUACGAACGACAACGAUCGAAGGAGAAAGUCCAAAGCGAAAACACCGUAAUGAGAAUGGAAUAAUAAUCGUAAAAAAAAGAACAGAAAGGAACUCUCGAAAAUUAGACGUGAAGUCAUAAAAUGUGUCACCAUUGAAACUCAAGCGAAACGAAACACUUGGUAUAGCGCAACGCAUCGCCAAAAAAAAUAUAUCAUAGAUCAAGAUCAAAGGGUUCGUUUCAUAAAUAUUAAUUUAUCCAAGCAGCAGCAGCAGGACAACCACAGAAAAAAACAACAGUGUUGAAAGUGAUACAUGUUAGCGAAUUUUAGAUGAAUGUGGUGCAUCGUGUGAUUGCCAUGGCACUUGUGAUUUCCAUCCGUACAUCGAUGAGUGCACCCUAUCACAUACACAAACACACAUACACCAGUCAAUGAACUUGCACUGCUCACACACAAAAAAAACACACACACUGAUGACAAGCGUUAUCAAUUUCAAUCCGUACAACGAACAACAAGAACAAAAAAAGAAAAGUGCCCAAGUACCGAAGAAGUGUGCAAAAAAGUUUUGUGUAAUUUUUCAAACAGCAAAAACUUUGUGUGCUCGCCAAACAUUCAACGCUGAGAAUUCAAUUCAAUUCAAAUGAAAAGAAACGGAAAAAUGUACGCGAACGAAGAACAAAAAGAGUAAAUAAAUAGAGAGAGAGAGCAGAGAGAAAUUUGUGUAUAUUAUUUCUUUACAAAAUCAAAAAAUUGUAGCGAAAAAGAAACUUGAUGCAAACGGACAAAGUAAACGAUUGUGAUUGAAAUGAAGGCUUACUAGUUAAAAAAAGGGACACGAUUCAAAGAUAAUAAAAUACAACGCGAGAGAAAAGUGAAAACAAUUACAACAAAGAUUCUGAAGUUCAAUUAUCGAAGGAGCGAUACCAGUGAAGAGAACACAGCACACCGAAAAAAAACAAUUUUAAAGUUUGAAAGUUUGCUGCAUAGAUUGAAUAGCACACAUUGAUAAACAUGGAAGUUUGGAUGCGUUGGAAAAACAAAUGUUGCGGCAACAAUAUAAUCGUUGCAUUGCUCAUAAUUACAACACUCAUUGCACACAAUAGUUACAGUGUGCAUGGUGUACUACAGGGCGUCCCAUCAUGGAUAUGCCUUGGCAUGAAAUCGCCGUUUAUUGAAUUCAAAGCCCAUCACAUCGAGGUGCUAUCAAAUCUAAGCAUUUCAUUGAAUUCAAGCGAUCCGAAUGGUGGCGGCUUCGGCAACAACAUGAUGAGCGGCAAUUCAUUCAGUUAUGCAUUGGAAGCUGCGGGUAAUCAUUCGAUUCAGAAACAAUAUAUGGAUAUGGUGAAGAAACAACAGAAAUGGGUAAUAUCAACGUCAUCAUCGUCAACGGAAAAUCCGAUUGUAAUGGCUGCAAUGAAUAACAAAAAAGAGGUCACAUUGAUCGAAACCAAAGAUCAAAUGGAUGGAAAACGAUCAAUUGAUCAUAUUGAUCGUAAGUACAUUAUUCCAUUGGCAUUGAAGGUGGCAAAUCCAUCGAUGGUAACUUCUGCAUCGACCACCACUACAACAACGACAACAACAACACGAAAACCACCCGUUUUACCCGAUACAUCACCGAAUAUUGACGAUUUGAAGCGUCACAUUUUAAUGUUGCAAAAUUUAACGAAAAACGAUGAAAAUUUCCAAAGUAAAUUUGUUGUUUUUCCAAGUUUACAGCGCACCGAUGCCCCUACAUCGACCACAACAUCAACGACCAGCGCCAGUUUUACAACAAUUUAUCCAACACAAAGCGUUAUCGAACAUAUGCCAACUACGGUGCGAAUACCGACAAUGCGUUCAACAACAACGAAACGUGCAACAAUUGCAACAAAACGACGAUCAUCGUUAAAUGUGCCAAAACAAACGUGGCCAAUAUCAAAAGAGGAACAAAAACCGGAAAAAAUAACAAUUGUUCCACAAGUGUUUUUGCAAAAUGAUCAAACACCAAUGAACGACGAUAGUUUUGAGCGUCCACCACUUGACGAUGCACAUAAUUACCAGAGGCAAUUGAAUUCACCGUCAUCGAUGUCGUUGUCAUCAUCAUCGUCAUCAUCGUCAUCAUCUUCAUCAUCGGUGUCAUCCUCGCACAAAUUUAGCUAUACUGAUUCAAAACCAGUGUUUUUGUCGUCAUCGACCAAACGUAAUAAUCAACAACAACAGCAACAAUACGCGACCAUCACAUCGAAUGAACAUAAACAGCAACAGCAAAAACCAAAGAAAAAUGCCAACGCAAACCAACGAAAUAAGGAAAAGCAAUUAAGACGUGAAAUGCGGAAAAAAUGCAAAGAGGCUCCAUUGGACCAGAAAAAAAACUGCACAAAAGCAUUUCAGAUUAGUUUCAAUUUGACAUCGGCCGCAGCUGUGGCUGCCAUUCGAAAUACCAAAACGAAAAAUAGCGAACACCAAUCGAUUGGCGGUGACAGUGGCAUUGGCACCAACACAGAAAUCAUUCGAUCGAAUGGAUCGUCACGAUUCAAAGCAAACUAUGUACCGCCACAUCGAAAUAUUCAACCACCACAUUCGGUUAAUACAAAUAAACGUCCCGAUGAUUUUCUAUACGACGCUGGUCAUAUGAAUGAUGACAAAAAAAGCAAUGAUGAUGACGAUGACGAUGCUGCAUUGAAGCAAUCAAUUUUACAACGAACUAUUCGUAGCCAUCGUCGCCACCAGAGACGUAAUGCAUCAGCAGUGAUUAAUUCGAUGUCACGUCGUGACCAUCCUUAUUCAAUAGUAACACCGAUUACUUCAAUAACCAUAAAUGAAACAGCAAGUGCUGGUGAUGCGACAGCAGCAGCGGCGGCUAUCUUCAAAGAAAAAAUCGAUUUGAAUCCUGAUUUAUGCUAUAAAAUCACCGGAUUAAGUUACGGUCAACAGAAAUUAUGUGCAUCAAAUACACAAAUUAUGCCAGCGAUAAGUCGCGGUGCCCGAGCAGCAAUACAGGAAUGCAAACAUCAAUUCAAAAAUCGACGCUGGAAUUGUAGCACCGUUGAUGACAACACUGUAUUUGGACCAGUCAGUGGAUUGGGUUCACCCGAAAUGGCAUUCGUGCAUGCAAUGUCCGCUGCAGCAGCUGCCAGUUUUAUAGCACGUGCUUGUCGCGAUGGUCAACUCUCAACAUGUGGUUGUUCGCGCAGUUCACGACCACGUCAAUUGCACAGUGAUUGGACAUGGGGCGGUUGUGGAGACGAUUUGGAAUUUGGUUACAAAUUUUCACAGCAAUUCAUCGAUAUUCGAGAAAAUGAACGAAAACGUUCACAACGUGGUGUUAUUUCAGUGCCACCCAAGUAUCCAAAACUUGAUGAGGAAAAAUCAACAAUGGUCAAUGAAACCAAUAACAAUGGCAACGGAACAACAGCAACGAAUGCCGUACGACCAGACAAUGCUCCAACUGGUUUCAAGCCGGAACACCUACUCGAACUUCAGGAGAAAAUCACUAAGGAAAUUCUUAGCACGAAAUUGGGUGAAAAUGAAAUGCAUGAGCUACAGGCUAAAAUCAAUCACGAAAUUUUGAAUUCGAAAGUAUUCAAUUUGGAAAAUCAAGGAUAUUAUGGAAAUCAAAAGAAGAAUCAACGUGGUAGUUCAACACAACGGAAUCGCUAUAAAAGUAGUGCAUCGGUGAAAGCCCGCAGCAAAAUGAAUAUUCACAAUAACGAAGCUGGACGACGGGCAAUGAUCAAUAAAUCUCGUAUUGUAUGUAAAUGCCAUGGUGUGAGCGGAUCGUGCAGUUUGAUUACUUGCUGGCAACAAUUAACAUCAAUUCGUGAAAUUGGUGAUUAUUUGCGUGAGAAAUAUGAUGAAGCGACCCAGGUGAAAUUGAAUAAACGUGGAUAUUUACAAGUAAAAGAUAAUCGCUAUCAAAUGCCAACAGCUAAUGAUUUGGUUUAUUUGGAUGAGAGUCCGGAUUGGUGCCGCAAUACAAAGCAACUUCAAUGGCCUGGCACACAUAAUCGGGUCUGCAAUAAAACAUCAACUGGUUUGGAUGGUUGUGCAAUUCUAUGCUGUGGCCGUGGCUAUAAUACAAAGAAAAUUGUGGUGAAAGAACGAUGUAAUUGCAAAUUCCAUUGGUGUUGUCACGUUAAAUGCGAAACAUGCACACGAGUUAUCGAAGAACAUACAUGUAAAUAAAAGAGCUAUCAUGGAAAAAACCAAACACACAUUUUGCAUGCCUUCUUCACUAAGCAUGCAUCGGAAAAAAGAAAGAAAUAUAUAGUAAAGGAAAAUCAUAUUUAUAGCAUUAAACAGUAAAGAGACAAAAAAAAAAUUCGAACCGAAAUAUCCUAAUCAUAGAUUCUUACACUUAGACAUUUUUUUCACCCUUGUGAAGGAAUAAUUAUUGAAAAUUUCGAUGGCUAACGGCAAAGAAGGAUGGAAUACAUGUGCAAGAAUCUAUGAUCUCAAUAUUCAAAAGAAAUAAAAAAAGGGGGAAAGAGAAAACAAACCGAAAAACGUGAUAAAGAAAACCAGAAAAAUCAUAAUUUGUUGAUCGAUGAACAGUGUCGAAUAAAUGUGUUCAACAAUAGAUAUGUUUUCAGAAUAAUAUGCAUGACAUGUCAAGCUUUCUUAGAUAUUCAUUUUCCUUUCCUGCCAUAACGAAAACGCAUUAUGCGCAAAAACUAUAAGGAUUACAAUGAAACUGCAUUUAGAAUCAAUCACAAUUACAAGAAUAUAUUCAAUAAAAUAACAACGACAAUCGUCACAUAACUCGAAAUAUAAAUAAAAUACGAUGUGUGUACAUCAACGGAAAUUCACUUAAAAACAGAAUCGAAUUGAUGAAUUUUUGCCUACUAAACGGGGCUUUUUGUUGUAUUCAUAUUCAUGCUUAAGGAACAAAAAUGUCAUCGUUCAUAUAAACACACGCACACACACACAUACACACACUUCAAUUUUUUCUCUUUCAUUCUUUCCAUUGUAGCUUUUAUAAAUAUCGCCAUCCAUCGAUUAAAAUUAAUUUAUAUACAAACAGCGAGGAUCGCAAAAUGUUUUUUGAAUUAAGACGAUACAAUGUAUCGGAUACAUACACAAAAUAAAAUGCAUUAAAUUAUUGAUAACAAAACUUAUGUAGUAAAUAUAAUAUUGGAAACAGAAUAAGAAACAUUUUACAAUAAUUUUUUGAUGUUUUAAAUACACAUUUUUUGAUAUGCAAUUUACUGAUGACCUACCGA